AUGUUCACCGCACCAAGAAAUAACAUAACUGGCAGGCCGACAAAGCCAACUAUUAAGAUUGGAAACGAUGAGGAUGAAGAUUCUGUGGAAUCACCUUUUACAAAGCCUCAAACCAAUCAUACCAAUGCUAACACUUUAAGACCCGGUAAUACAUCAUCUGCACUAUUUCCAGCACCAAACUCUGCACAACGAGUAGGUAGACAACGACACAAGGUUGUUCUUCAGCCUGGUCAUUCACCCUUAGAUUGGGCUGAAUUGAAUUCAAAGACUGCAUCUCAUGUUUUACGAGGUGUUGAUCCUUCCACUCCACCACCUCAAAUAGUACGCAUAACUAAAGAUGAAUUAAAGAAACAUAAGAUUCGAAAUGAUUGUUGGACUUCAAUUAAUGGUAAAGUAUUUAACAUUACUCCUUAUGUAGACUUCCAUCCUGGAGGGGUUGAUGAAAUUAUGAAAUGUGCUGGUAGAGAUGGUACGGCUUUGUUUUAUAAAUAUCAUAGUUGGGUUAAUGUAGAUAGAAUGUUAUCUAAUUGCAUGGUAGGGAUUUUAGUAGCUUAG